CCUAAGUAUUUUCCUUUUCAAAGCAAUUUAUAUUGCUUCUGGUAGAGUUGUGGUUUCAAGGCAAUACAAGAGUAAUACAAGAGUGAACAGACAAAAGCUUCUCCUUAAUUCUCUGUAUUACCCAAUGGCCAAAUCUCUGUCUCUUUAUGAAAAAACAGCCAUCAAAAGGCCUACCCAAAGAGCAUUGGAUUUCGCCAUCUUCUUCCUCUUGCUUUCUCUUGUGGGUUACCGCUUCAUGUUUUUGUCCAGCCAUGGCUUCUCCUACCUCCAAACAAUGGCCUUUCUCUGCGAGUCAUGGUUCUCCUUCGUCUGGCUUCUCGCCAUCAUCAUCAAAUGGAAUCCCGUCGACUACAAAACUUAGUGACCUUCUAUAGCCUGAGAGAAGCACUAAAAUUUGCGAAGAUUUGGGUUCCGUUUUGCAAAAAGUACGAGGUUGAAGUUCGAGCUCCGUUUAGGUACUUCUUGAAUGGCUCGAAACUGCCCCAUGAUCUGGAGAGGCCAGCAGAAUUCAAAAAAGAGUGGAAAAUGAUGAAGGAGGAAUAUGAGCUGUUGGAAGGCAAAAUCGAGGAAGCAGAAGAAACCAUAUGUGGUUCACGUGAGCCUGGAGGGGAAUUGGCUGAUUUCUUCAAUAUUGACACCAAAAAUCAUCCCACCAUAAUAAAGAUCUUAUGGGAGAAUAAAGAAGGUAUUUCUGAGCUACCACAUUUAAUUUAUCUAUCUAGAGAGAAGAGCCUGAAACAUCCUCACCACAGUAAGGCGGGCACUAUGAAUGUUAUGACAAGAGUGUCAGGAUUAUUAACAAAUGCUCCUUACCUGCUCAACGUGGAUUGUGACAUGUUUGCCAAUAAUCCUCAAGUUGUUAAGCAUGCCAUGUGCGUGUUCUUCAACUCGGAAGUUGACUUUAAAGAGAUAGGAUUUGUACAAUCUCCUCAAUGUUUUUACGAUGGGCUCAAAGACGACGUUUAUGGAAAUCAACUUGUGGUCGUAUAUGAGUACUUCACACGUGGGAUCAUGGGACUUCAAGGACCUUUAUACAGUGGUACUGGCUGUUUUCACAGGCGAAAAAUUAUAUAUGGCCAAUCACCUCACCACACUACAAAUAUUAUCAAUGAAAAAACUUCUGAGAAAGAAUUGCUCAAGUCGUUUGGAUAUUCACAAGCUUUCAUUGAGUCAGCAACUUGUGCUUUCGAUGAAAAUUCUGACCUCAAAUCCCUUUUGGACAAUGUUGAAGCAGCAGAUCAGGUGGCUAGAUGUGGCUAUGAGAAUGGGACUAGUUGGGGAUCCAAGGUAGGGUGGAUCUAUGGAUCUACCACGGAGGAUGUCCAAACAGGAUUGAUGAUUCAAAAAAAAGGGUGGAGAUCUAUUUACAUUGCCUUAGAUCCACCAGCCUUCUUAGGUUGUGCACCAUCACAACUUGAGGAGUGGAGUGCUGGAGAUGAUAUGUAGUUUGUGGUUGGUUUUAUGCUUUUGGCCAUUUUUGAAGGGGUUGUUUGGUAAAGGAAGUUAUGGACUUCCAUUGUUCACUGUCUGCAAGUCAGUUGUCAUGGCAUCUGUGUUUGUGCAUUUAUGCCACAGAACAACCAUGAAUUAACUAAGACUUGGCGGUCUUGUUUCUUACACCACCUUUGUUUCCUUUAAAAAUAAAGUUUUGUACUUUCUGUCA